GUGAGCGUGCAUAGCAGCCGCGCGCAGGCGUCCAAAGCUCCCAGUUUCGAGUUCAGCAGGAUGGGACACGGAGUGCUGGCUGUCACUGUUUUAUUUCUCAGUUUGUCUUUGAGUUUCUCCUCUCCUCAGACUUAUGUCCUGGACGAUAACGAGGGCGUUGGGAGAGUUUUUGACGGAAUUGGAGGUUUGAGCGGCGGAGGGGCGACGUCUCGUUUACUGGUCAAUUACGCUGAGCCUUACCGCAGCCAGAUAUUAGACUACCUUUUCAAGCCAAACUUUGGAGCCUCUUUGCACAUACUGAAGGUGGAGAUUGGAGGAGACGCUCAAACUACUGAUGGAACGGAGCCGUCACACAUGCACUAUGAGAAUGAUGGGAACUACUUCCGAGGGUACGAGUGGUGGCUGAUGAAAGAGGCCAAGAAGAGGAAUCCAAAUAUCACGCUCAUAGGAUUGCCCUGGGCGUUUCCUGGUUGGGUGGGCCACGGUAAGAACUGGCCCUAUGAUUACCCAGACAUCACUGCAACAUACGUGGUGAACUGGAUCCUUGGUGCCAAGCAGUACCAUGACCUGGACAUUGACUAUGUUGGGAUUUGGAAUGAGCGAAACUAUGACAGCAAGUACAUCAAGGUGCUCCGGAACAUGUUGGAUAAAGUCGGUCUAACUGGUGUUGGCAUCAUCGCAGCAGAUGGCGAUUGGAGCAUCGCUAGUUCUAUGAUCGCUGACCUGUACCUUAAUGAAUCUGUUGAGGUGAUUGGGGCCCAUUACCCAGGCACCAACACAGUAAAGGACGCCCUAAAGACACAGAAGAAGCUGUGGUCUUCAGAGGACUACAGCACUUUCAAUGAUGAGGUGGGGGGAGGCUGCUGGGCUCGCAUCCUCAAUCAGAACUAUGUCAAUGGACUAAUGACUGCCACCAUUUCCUGGAAUCUGAUCGCAAGCUACUAUGAGGAGCUGCCAUUCGGCAGAGACGGGCUGAUGACAGCUGAGGAGCCCUGGAGCGGCAAUUAUGUGGUGGAGUCCCCUAUCUGGAUCACAGCCCACACCACACAGUUCACCCAGCCAGGAUGGACCUACUUGCAGACUGUUGGUCAUCUGGCACAAGGUGGAAGUUACGUAGCCCUGACUGACAAGAAAGGAAACCUCACUGUUGUCAUAGAAACCAUGACUCACAGUCAUUCAGUGUGCGUAAGACCUCCUCUCCCUCCAUUCAAUGUGACAUCCCAGAGUGCAACUUUCCAGCUGGAGGGAUCCUUUGCUUCCAUUAAAGAACUCCAAGUAUGGCGGUCACAGUUUAACUUCAAAACAGAAAAGCCCUCCUUCUUUGAGAAACUAACUCCACUAAAGGUUUUGAAUGGAUCAUUCACCUUAAACCUGGCUGAAGAUGAGGUGUACACAUUAACCACGAUGUCAACAGGACAGAAGGGCAGUUACCCUGACCCGCCUCCCUCUACCCGCUUCCCCAAAGUCUACAAGGACAACUUCAAUGUUCGAGACCCUCCUUUCUCAGAGGCUCCACACUUUGCUGACCAGACGGGAGUGUUUGAAUACUAUAUCAACAUGACUGACCCUGGACCUCACGUCUUCACCUUACGACAGGUUCUGACUGAGAGACCCAUCACAUGGGCGGCUGAUGCCGACCAGACCAUCAGUGUCAUAGGCGACUAUCAGUGGCAGAACCUGACACUUACAUGUGAUGUCUUCAUGGAGAGCAUUAAGACUGGUGGUGUGUUCAUAGCAGCCAGGGUGGAUAAAGGAGGCCAGUCAAUCCGCAGCGCUAAGGGAGUCUUCUACUGGGUGUUUGCAGAUGGCACAUACAAAGUUACCAAUGACCUUGCUGGACAAACUGUACUCGCAGAGGGACAGUCUGGUACCCGAGCAUAUGGUUGGCACACCUUAUCACUCACUGUGCAUGGUCAGUAUGCAUCAGGGCUGCUUAAUGGAUACCCGCUGUGGAAGAAUGCUGUAGUACUGACACCAAAGAAUGGCUGGGCUGCUAUAGGGACACACUCCUUUGAACUGGCUCAGUUUGAUAACUUUGCUGUGGCAGCAGAAUAUUGAUUCCACUGUGAAAUAAUGAUUUACACUGUGCACUGGAUAUUGUGAUUAAUUUAUUAAUACUUAGGUGUGCUAAAUGAUCAGAUUGUUUUUUCUGUGAAGUUAUUAAAAGUCUUGGGCACAAAAGGAGUUAAUUUGGCUUCAACAUUCACUAACCUAGGUACUCUAUCUGAUGAAAUUGUGAACAUUUGUUGGGGUGCAGGGUAGAACCUUCACAAUCAUGCUCCCUAACUGAGGCCAAGUACACUGAUAU